AUGUUUCUUGAGGCUCGACAGAAUCCCGACGACAGUGCAGCAGAAACGAACGCCAGUUGUCGCCAAUUGCAAUUCCUCGAACUCGCAGACGUUUUCCUCCUCGGCGUCAACUUCCCGGAAUCCAAAGUGAUCACCAUCGCCCUCCAAUCUUUCUACGCGCUUGGCCCGCAAUCAUGCUCGCGGAUACUCGCAAAAUUCAGCGUCCACCCGCUCGCGCGCAUCGGCGACAUCCCGCAGCGCACCAUCACGCAGAUGACGGCGGAGUUGUCGAACAUGACGAUUGAGAAUGAUGCGAGGAGGAAGAUGAGGGAGGAUAUUAAGCGGUUGAGAGAUAUGGGGAGUUAUAGGGGGAGGAGACAUGCUAUGGGGUUGCCGGUUAGGGGGCAGGGCACGAAGUCGCAGAUUGUGACGGCUUCGAAGCUGAAUAAGGUUGAGCGGGCGAGGUGA